AUGUUCUUUUCAUGCUUAUACCUGCCUCACACUUGUCAGCAGGAACAAGAGUCGCCAGAGGCCGCGUCGCAAACGCGUGCCAAAUCCCCGAAGCCCAAUGGCAACUCCCUUCCCCUCUUCACCGUGCCUCUCGACACAUCCUGGCCAAGGGGUGCAAGCAUUGGUGCUGGACUUAACAACACGGGGAACACAUGCUUUCUGAACAGCGCUCUCCAAUGUCUUCUUCAUACGCCGCCCCUUCUGCACGCCUUGAUCGCUCACAAAAAAGAACACUGCCGUGUCAAAGGCUUCUGCAUGAUAUGUGCUCUGCGCUACGUUAUGACAGAAGCACAUACCGGCAAGAAGCGUUCAUUUACUCCAUUUUCUGUGACGAGCAGACUCCAAACCAUCGCGCAACAUAUGCGUCGUGGUAGACAAGAGGAUUCUCAUGAAUUCCUUCGUUAUGCGAUAGAUGCCCUCCAAAAGUCUUGUUUGGCAGGUUAUCCUUCGAAAAUUGACCCCAAGCAGGCAGAGACGACCUGGGUGCAUAAUAUUUUUGGUGGGAAACUACGAUCUCGGGUAACUUGCCGCGACUGUGCAUACAACAGCGAUACCUUUGACAGCAUGCUGGACCUCAGUGUUGACAUCUACGGCCUUGGAUCUCUACGGGAUGCUUUGCGUAAAUUUGUGGCAGUGGACUAUCUCAAAGGCUCAGACAAGUACAAAUGCGAAAAGUGUAAGCGGCACGUGGUCGCUGAAAAGCAUUUCACUAUACACGAAGCGCCUGUCGCGCUCACUGUUCACCUCAAGCGUUUCUCGCCCCUCGGUCGAAAGAUUGGACAUGCUAUCCGAUACGAUGAACGCAUUUCCCUCGCUCCAUUCAUGAGCGACGGCCAGUUCGGGCCUUCGUAUUCUCUAUACGGGGUCAUCUCCCACGCCGGAGGAGGGCCUAACUCGGGUCAUUAUUUUGCACACGUCAAGGCCGCCAACGGGCAGUGGUAUGAGAUGAACGACGAUUCGGUGACGAGACACGGCGGCGCACCGACGAGUCUGAAGAAUGCAUAUAUCUUAUUUUACUUGCAG